UUUUACGAGUUGCGGUGAUACUAAAUUGACAUGUUUAUUUCUAGCAGUGAAAAGUGAUAAUAAGGGUUCGAAUAUAUUUUGAGUUUUCUGCAGACACAAUGUGGCCUGUUGUCCUCGGAUUUUUACGUUCUAAUGCAGUUUACAUCACACUGCCGGUCGCAGCUGUCAUUGGUUUUGUGGGUUACAAUUUGGAGAACAUUCUGUCGGACAAAUAUACACCAUACAAUAAGUCAAUACAGGAAAAUCGGGCCGAACGACUGGCUGACGACGGGAAGCUACAAAAUGCGGAAAAUGUGGAAAAACUCAGGCUCCGAGAAGAUGUUCUUGAGAGAAAUUUAUCACCAUCAUUACGUAAAUAAAUUGCCCUAAUAUAAUGUAUAUAGCUGUAAUAAAAUGAUAUUGUAUAUGUAGAGUAAA